AUCACAAUGACAACAAUGUCUUUUACAGCUCAGACACCCCAGUGGCAACCAUCGCCUACCAAGUUCGACACUCAAACCUCGACUCCAGUCAUGCGAUCGCCUACUUCAGCACCCACAUCUUCAUCGAAAGUAGACCGAGAGCGACGACCUAAGCUUCGAGCUUCAUGCGACGCCUGUGCUGCUUCGAAGGUCAAGUGCAGCAAGGACCACCCAAUCUGCCAACGAUGCUCUGCCAACGGCUUGCAAUGCAUCUAUGGCAUAUCGAGGAAGCACGGCAAGCCAGGACGUACACGGAAGAGGAAUCCAGAUGGCACACCCUUUAUCAAGGGAUCGAAGCAGCGGCCAUCGCCAGAUGGUAGCGAGUUUGGAAAGUUCAGGGUAAGACCUGAGCCGAUCACCUUGCCUCUGCCAGAUUUCGAUGCCGCAUCAGCGUGGAACUCUAGCUGGUCAUCCACACCCAGUCUGCGAAGCACACCAGAGUUCGAAUUCGAGAUGACGCCCGAGCCAUUCGAUAUGACCAUGACACCUGAACCAAUGUACAUGGACUCGUCGAUGUCAAUGGGCUUUCCAUUCGCCGAUGACUUCCUCUUGCCGACGGCUGACUUCCAGAUGGAUAUGAUGCAGUCAAUUGAGCCGGAGCUUACCUUCUGUGAUCCCUUCGCAAAGAAGCAGUCCGUGCAGCUUGACCUACCGGACAUCCGGGCGCUCAAAGACUACAUCGGUGGCGAGACUGUCAACCCUCUCGACUGCACAUUUCAGGAUGUUGGCCUUGGUAUCUCGCUCGACGGCUCAUUCACAUCGUCAUCAGAACCAAGCCCGAAAAGCACGACCUUCGAUCAAUCGCGAAGCCGCCUGAGUGUGAGUGUCUCGAUGCCAUCUUCGCACUGCUGCUCUACUCUCGCCCACUCGACCCUUGAGAGCCUACGCAUCAUCGGUCCAGACAGCACACAGCCUUGGUCUAACGUCGAGUCGAAGAGCCUCGACGCUGUCCUCUCUACUACGAAGCUGGCGGUGCAGAGCGUACUCCAACUCCUCAGCUGCCCAUGCUCUUCAGACCCACAUCUAUCGAUGCUCUACUCGAGCAUCACAUCGAAGAUCCUGAACUGGUAUCAAAUCGCCGCCGGCGUCAACCCUGCUGCAGUGCCCUUGGGAACCGCGCCAUCGCUCAGCAGCGGCACCUCGCCAACAUCUUCUUCUGUCUACCCUUCGCCACUGUCCACACCUGGCUCCGAGCAACCAACCUUCCGCAUUCAAAUGCAGCCUCUGAAGUUCGGACUCUACCAGUUCGACGAGGCGGACCAGGAGCGCUUGAGGCGGCAGGUGGUGCUAAAGGAGGUGAAGAAGUGCGGACAGCUUGUUGAAACCCUGGCGCACUGGCGCGGCAAUGGGCAGAGUGAACAGGCCGAGUUCUUGUACGAUGUGCUCGGCGCGUGGCUGAAGAGCGAGCUGUACAAGACGCUGCAGCAGAUCGAGGGGAGCGGACGUUGAGGGGCCGGCCUGUGAGUUUUCGGCGUCAAGGAUUCUGCAUGAAGUUGGGCGGCCACGUGAUAUUCCUGGCUAGUUUGACUCUGCAGUAAGGCAUGCACAAAAAAGCGUGAUUUGGUGAGUCUUUAG